UUUAUCACCAAACUUGUAGGAUAGCUGAACUUAUAUACAUACAUAUACUUAUAUAUAGAUACAUAUAUAUACAUACAUAUCUUCUUCUUCUUCUUCUUCUUCUUCUCCUUUAUAGAUAUGUCAUCAAGUACUUCAUAUCCUGAAACUGUUUAUACUACAAAUCCAUUAAAACAACAAGAAAAGCUGAUACCAGUGGUUCAUCCUCCAUUGGAGCAACAGACUUCAUCAUUACCAACCAUCGACAAUUCAUCAUUAUUUUACUUUGGAUCUAAGAAACAGGAUGUUCACCAAAUCGCAAAAGCAAUGGUUACUCAACUGGAUACUAUGUCAAAAUCAACCUUAGAUUUCGAUACUACUAUAACAAUACUCAACUCUAUUCCAAAUUAUGACCUACCUUUGGAAAUAUUAACAAAAUAUGGAUUGGGAAAACUUAUCAAAUCAAUCAAGAAAAAGGCACAAGAAUCCAACACCAAAGCCAUUGUUACUGUUUGUGAUACAAUCAUGCAAAAAUGGAGGGAACUACUACCAAAAGAUGGUCCUAAUUUAUCAAAUUCGCCUACACCUUCACCAAUGUCAAGUCCAAAACAACCAGUAGGACAAGAUAUUGAACAACCAGCAUCAACACCUUUUCGACUGGCAAUUCAAAAGGAACCACCAAAUAAACCAAAAGCAAUUACAAAUACAUCCUUCUUUGAUAGUUUACGCGGACCAUCAUCAUCCUUCUUAAAUACUACUCGUCCUUCAUUUACUACACAAUCAUCAAAACAAAUAUCGUUCUCUAACCUUUUGAAUCAAGUCCAAGGUAGUCCAUCUCCAAAAAAACGUGUUAUUGAUGAUCUCGAUUCUGAUUCAACAUCUCAACAACUACAAACGACAAAACAACGAACUCGUAGAGUUAAAUUCAAACCUGAUCAUCAGCUAGUUUCCAUUCGUGAAUACGAAAAGGAUCCUCUUGAAUGGAAUUUCGAUGCGACCACUACAACAACAACUAGUACAGAUGGUAUACCUACGACUGCAGGUCAUGCUCGUGAUAUGGAUAUACGUGAAGGUCAAGUCAUGUCAAAAGCUCAUCAACACAAUAUGGAUUCAUCAUCCAGUUUUACAAACUAUCAAACAUACGAAUUGAAUUCAAAUCUUUGGUACACUCCUCGAUCUAUAUUUAUUCCUGAUGACUGUAAGCCACCAUGGCCCAAGAACUCGGAAGAAGCGAUGAUUCAACAAGAGCGGGAAAAAGUGACAUUGGCUGCUGUUUAUCUUUCUCUUUCUCAUGUACCACCUACUCCUGCUGAACCUGAUGAUCCUGGGGUUCCAAAUGAAGAUACAAAGAUCAUCCCAUUAUAUGAAGUGCAAACAGAAGAGAAUCAUAUUGAAUCAGAAACUACAUCUUGGUCAAGUUCUUCUCAAUCCAAUGUUCCUACUCAACUUUUACAUCCUUAUCAACCUACAUCACAAUUCCCUACUCAAUCUAUCCAACAACAACAACAACCGGUAAGGACUCUUAGUCCACCUGAUCAUCCAAUUGCCUUUUACAAUCAGCUUCCACCACAAUAUCAACAACAACAACAACAUCAACAACAAUCGUUGCAAGGACAACCAUUGAAUCAACAAAUAUUAUUACCCAAUAAUGUUCAAUUAGAUUUUUUGAUGAAGCCUGGAAUUAUGGAUGCAUUACAAGCAGUGAUGAACAGCACCAAUCUUUCAUUCAAUAAUCAACAGAUUCCCUAUGAUUCAAACCAAUCUACAUCUCAACAAUAUCCAACACAAUACCAACCAUCACAUUAUAGUACACCUUCUCCAACAUCAACAGGAUCAGUUGAAAUGUUUCAUUCCUCCCCAUCCAAUCAACAAGUACUAUUCUCUAAUAACGGUGAAUCAAGCGACACGACAAUUGGCAGGAAGAAAAAGGGAAAACCAAGUAAAGAAGCAAGACGACGACAAAAUCAGUCUAAUCGUGCCCGUUUUGGACGUGGAGCAAAUCGUGGAGCUAAUCGUGGAGGAAUAAGUCGUGAUGCUAGCAAUACUGCCAAUAUUCCAUGUAUGUUCUACUUGGAAUCUGGAUGCCGAUUUGGUGAUAAGUGCAAUUAUUACCAUCCUGAAUAAAAUCUUAGUUUGUAGAUAGAUUGUUAUAUAUAUAUAGUUUGUAUAGUUUUUAUUACAUAGUUCUAUUGAUUCUUAUCUCCCUCCCUUGUAGCAUUUAAACAUAUAUAUAUAUAUAUUUUAAAAAAAAGUCAUCUCUUUAUACAAAUAAUA